CCUACAUCCAAUUAUAUUUGUUUUCAUUCAUGGAUCGGUCUCAACCUAUCAAAAUCAGUUGCUUUCCAGGAAGCUGCAAAAAGGGGUGUGAAAAGAUAUUUUCUCCAUACAGUUUCUUUCUGUUGCAGUUUUUUUUUGCUUCAAAUUGUCAAACACUUGUUGACGUCAGCCAAAAAUAUCCCGAGUGAAUGUUAUGUUGUUUUCAAAUGAAAAAUCCCCUAGCCUCAUCUAGCCCUGAUUACAAAACUCAUUUAAAUAAGACCUAUCUGACAACGCGAAGUAGGCCAAAAGAUCUCAAAAAGCAUCACAUCAUGCUCUGAUCUAAAGAAACUCGAGAACACUAACGUCUAUCAGUCUGGGAAGGCUUACUAAGCUAUUUCUAGAGCUUUGGGACUCCAGCGAUUGCAUUGGGAGCUUUUAUCCACAAAUGAAGAAAACAUGAAGCUUCCCAGGAAUGACUGGCCUGGGUAAAGUAUUCCAGGAACACAUCCACAAUUCAUCCAGGAGGUCACAAAAGAACUUGGAACAAGAUCUAAAACACUUCAGGCCUCACUUACUUUAGACCAGUUUUCCUGAUUGAACAAUAAGAAAGUGACCGGGCAAAAAUGGCAUCCAGAGGAGAGUUUCAAACCACUGCUCAGCAUAAAUAACACAAAGGCUCAUCUAACAUUUGUCAUGAAAACAUCCUGAGCUUAUUCUGUAUUAAUUUUAUGGAAAAUAUAUUCUGUUGACUGACAAAAGCUGAACUUUUGGCAAGGUGUGCAUCCUAUUAAAUCUGUAAAACAGCAUUUCAGAAAAAGAACAUACCAACAGUUAAACGUGGUAGUGGUAUGGGGUGGACAGGAUCUUUGUAACGUGCUGCAACUGAUGAAACCAUAAAUUAUGUCCAGCUGUGAGUUUAUGACCUGAAGCAGGAAAAUGGCUCAAAGAUCACCCGCAUGUCCCCCUCUGAGUGGUUAAAAUAGAUUUGUAGAGGCCUAGUCAAAGUCUGGACUUAAAGCUAAUUGACAUACUGUGGCAUGACCUUAAACGGGCUGAUCAGGCUUGAAAACCCUCAAAUGUGGCUGAAGAAAAUAAAAGUGGCUUAACUCUGUAGAUAUCUACUUUAACAGUAGAUAAUUGUAUUAUAAACAUCAGGAAAUUUGUGUCUGGAAAAAAAAAGUGCUUAUAAUAUGAGGAUGAAGAAACACAAAGGCACCUGAGCAUCCGUUAAAAUAUUUCCUGAACAUCUAACAAAGAGAUUUCAAAAUUUCUAAUGUAAUUUUUAAGUGUCACAAACUGAAAUCAAAUUAGACGUUAUUGAUUAGACUGAAGUUUUUAUUUAUGUUUUAAUUUUCAACAUGAAACAGUUUGAAACAGGUUUACAAUAAGGUUUAAAAAAUACUUCAUAAUUCAUCAUCUUAAACAGGUUGAUUUUAAAAUAAAAUAAAAGUAAUACGUGCAUAUGACAGCUGUGGAGGCCCUGCUCUUUGUGCAGGUGAGGUAUUUUUAAAAUGAACUCAGUCAUGAUAAAGGAAUCCACCAUCUGUUGUCCUGCUGAGUCCAGUCAAACUGUUUUAAUCAGUUGAUUUGAACUCUGGGUUAUGGUCAGCCCUCUGAUUAGUGUUUGAUUGACCUCACCUGCAGCUGCUUAUAAAAACGACACCAUGCAGGUCCAGUUAUGUCAAAGCAAUCCUCUCAUCUAGAGUUGUGUAUUUUGUGAUCUCUGCAGGUAUGAGUCAAUCAAUUACAGAGACCUGAGGUUCUGCAAACUGAGGUCAGUUAUCCGUCUCCUUGUGUCUCCAGCCUCGGUCAUGUCGGCGAUGAAAUCCGGAGCUUCCCUGCGGGCUCUGAUUCUGACUCCGGAGCGGAUCCCGAGCUUCAUCAUCCCCUCCUCUCGCAGUCCGUUCCUGGCGUCUCCGAUGUUCCGCAGGAACUCCUCGGAGCGCUCAAGGCUGCUGUCAGAAGACGACGAUGAGGACCAAACUGAAAGUAGCCCGCUCGGGACCCCGACUAACCCCGGCGCCUCCUCCAGGCGUCGGCUUCGCCUGCGGACUCCGCGGGGCCGUCGUCCUCACCACGCCGCCGCUGACUGUGCGGACGCAGACCCGACGACGCGAGCGGCCAUGUCGCUGACGCACGUACCGAAGGUCACCACACCUUACGGCUUCCGCGGCGUGUUGGCCACGACUCCAAACACCAGCCGGAGGGAGUCCCUGUUUCAUCGGAACAGACCCGUUAAAGUGACUGUGAACGAUGCGGAACCCGAUGGCGGUCCAGCGGGAACUACUCCUCCUCCUCCUGCUGCUGCUGCUGGACCUGAGGGUACCGGUCGGUCCCGGGUCAGCUUGCAGCCCGUUAAGGCUUUGGGUCUGCAGGUGAUUAAGGAGCUCAAAAGACCUGCGGCUGCUCUGAUGGCUCUGAGUCCUUCACACCGCUGCUCUGCUCAUCGAUAAUAUAGAUUUGCUUGUUUAGUUUUUUUUUUCAUAGCCGUGGCUCUUAAUUUUAAUUUUUUUAUGAGUUGCUCUGGUCUUAUUUGCUUCACUAACUUCUGUCUCAACUCUAUUUUUUAUUUAUUUAUUUAUUUUUUUUAAUUUGCAGAAUAUGCUUCAGUGUUGAAAUAUGUCCUUGCAAUCCUGAUUUGUGAUCAGGAUCUAAUCCGUCUGUUCUCUGAUCAGUAUGACAAUAAAAUAAUUAAAUUACUCUAUAAA